AUGAGCACUGCUGGUCAUCGAAACUUGCAACUGCAACGAAAUAUAAAUGUCCCUGACGCGUACUCCGGGGUCACUACAGUUUGGCUCCUAUCGACACUGGGAGGAUCGCGAAACGCCAACGCGAUUGGAGUGAAAAAGAAGGAUAUUUUAUCGGUAUCAAUUCCCAAAACCUGUGAGGCAUUGCUUCAAAAUAAAUCGGAUUACACGCUACGGUCUGCUUCCAACCUCCUGUACGGAGUUACGGUGUGCUACGGACGGAAAACAGACUAUGUCUUGGCAGAUGUUACGAGUGUCAAAUCUCAGCUGCAAAGGCAGCUGAUGGAAACUGUUAGAAAAGGAGCUAGGGUGCCAAUGAAUAACUCUAAUCAGAUCAUGAUUUUUGACGGUGUGAACGAGUACCGUAAUAUGUUAGAGUUCCAGACAAUGCAAUCAGCAACGCAAGGUCAACCCCAGGGGCGUCGCAGCGCUUUUCUGGUAGACGACCCAACAUUCGAUAUAAAUCAAAUCAGAGAUAUAUCGUUUCUUGAUGGCGAAAGACGCGUCUUAAGUCAAUCCGCCAGUUUAAUCCACCAGCGCGAUAUUAUGAACGAAUUGCAAAACGGCUACAGCUCCGAGAAGGGGCCCCGCAUAGGUGAAAUGAACGCUCACAGAACGGCGUCUUUUGACUACGGCGAAUUAUCAGCGCUCGACGCAGAUCUACAUUUGGACUUUGAUGAUGUGCUCAGUGAGGUUGACAUGGGAUCUGCAAAGUCCAGUGGAGAGGGCAAUCAAGAUCUUUCAGACCGCGAGGAUUUUGGUUUGAAUUUCGAAAAGGACACUUUAAAUAAGCUCACUCACGCUGUUCUACCGGAUCUCGGUAUGGAGCUCCUUGAUGAGUCAGAAGAAGGAGAGUCUGGCAAGAGAUCUCGUUCCAGUGUUGCGAUAACAGGGUCUCAAGCACACGCAGAUGGUAGCCACUCAAAAAGAUUUAAGGCAAGCAAGAGCUUGGGCGUACUUCUCAAGCUGAAGAUCGACGAUAAAAUUGCUUUAGCAAACGAUGCUCUAAGAGAUAAUAGCGAAAAGUACUGUGAAUUAAUGGAAACCAGAGCUACAAUUGGCUAUGAUAAUUUGAGGCGUCCUCGUAAUUCAAAUGAAUGGCGAACAGUCAUUUUCGGGGACGAUCAACCCGAUUUUCUAGGCCUUUGUUUUCAGAAGUUACUUUUGCUAUCCGAAGACCCUUCUUCAUUCGAUGACAGCAGUUCUAUUAUUGAUGCCGUUGAGCGGGGUCGUCAAAGAGUGCGCUCGCUACCGUCCUCUAGGUCUAGUAGCAGCGCCAUGAGCACCGAAAAAGGCAGGAAAUUAGGACCAGCCGAUCUUUUCAAGAAUGGUAGUGAAAACAAUGACAAUUCCUUCAUCCUUCCUGAACUGCAUCAGAUCGACGAAAAUGGAGAGCUUGACGAUGUUUACGAAGAAUUCGAUGGAGGCGGGGAAGAUUUAAUGAGAAUUGAUUUGCAGCUUCCUCCCUCCAGUUUUGGAAGAAGUUCUAGUAGAACCGAAGCAGGAUCAAGAGAUCAGAUCGAGGAACUAAAACGCAUGCAUAGCGAAAGACGGGUGAAUAGAAACAAUACGCUCCAAAGUGUCGAAGAUGUUGACGAGAGUCCCGCAGCCUCAGAUUCUUCUCACAGCCGCGCAAGGAGCUUUGCUCAGAGUCAGAUAUUAGAUAACCAGAGUCGCCGUCUAUUUGACUAUAUUAUCGAACGCGCUUCUUUCAUUGGGCGAACUACUAGAUCCCAUCCGCCAUACCAAAAGAAGCUUCUUCUUGAAGAUCUGCUCCCGAGUAAAUUGAGUUCUGACAUUUCCUCAACGAAUUCGAGCGACAGCGUCAAACCUGUGAGCAAAAAGCUGGCCGCCAAUGCCUUUCUCUCGAUUCUUCAGCUAGCUUCGAAGACGUACGUCCAUAUUUCAGCAUUUAAGUCAAGCGAGGGCUUCAGAUGCCUAAAUGGAGACGACAUAGUCAUCUGCGUUUAA